AUGCGGCCCCCGUGCACGGCGGCGGAGGCCUCGCGGCGCGAGCAGGCGGAGCGUGCCCGCGCGGCCGCCGCUGCGGCAGCGACCGCUGCUGCAACAGCAGCCGCGACGCCAGCAGCGGCGCCAGGCGGCGACUCAUUUGACAUCCAGGCGCGCGUGUGGCGCGCCAUGGCGCUCCUCUCGUACCACCAGGACGCCGUCCGCGCGGAAGCCGUGUGCUUGGAUUCAAUGGCGGCCCUGAGGGUCACGGGACUGCCGCCGCCAUGGGUGUCAGACCCCUCCUUCGCCGAGGCCCUCGCCGCGGCCGCGGCCCGCCGCGACGCAACGGGCGGCGGCGGCAAUGGCGGGGGCCAGCACGAGCAGCUGUGGCAUGGGCAGCAACAGCAGCAGCAGCAGCAGCAGCAGCAGCAGCAGCAGCAGCAGCAGCAGCAGCAGCAGCAGCCGUUUGUCGAUCCCGGCGCGUGGCAAGAGUACCACUGCACAUGGGAAAAUGUAUACAACGCCGAUUUUGAGAUGAUGAACUCAGCCACAAUGCUGCGAGACCUGGCGGGACGCCCGGACGACCCCCGCGUCCUGCGCGCGCGAGAGCGGCUGCGGGAGACGGCGUGGGCCGCAUGCGACGGCCGCGGCUUGGAGGCGCUGCGGUUCGCGUUGCCAGAGCUGCGGCAGCUGGUGCACGUGGCGGUACCGUUCCUUGUCGAGCAAUACGCAGACGCGGCAAAGGCCCCCGUGCCGCCUGCGCCACCCAGCUGUCGCGGGGACGUUUUGAACGGCCAGGUCCUGGCGGACUCCCUGUCGCCGCAGCACCGCCUGGUGCUGCUGGCUGAGCUGGCGGUGGGGAUCAUGGUGCCGGGGUGA